CCCGUCAUUUCCUUCAGGGAGAGGAGUGCAACGGACUUGUUUUUACUUGGCUCCGUGAAUCUCAGCAUGAAGGAGGUGAAGACUGAGCGGGAGCGGGGAAGUCGGCGAAGGCACCGGGACGAGGACAUGGUGGCGCCGGCUGCGGCGGUGGUGGUGAAGCAGGAGCGCCUCAGCCCGGAAUCCGCGCCUCCCGUCCACCGCCGCCCGGACUCCUCCGGCGGUAGCCCAUCCCCGCCGGCUGGCGAGUCGGGCCGCCCCGGUCACCGCGGGAACCGAGCCCGAGGAGGUAGCCGGUCCCCAGCCAAAAAGAAAAACAAGUCCUCAGGGAGAAGAAGUAAGUCUCCCCGGAGUAAAAGAAGCCGAAGUCCUCACCACUCAACAGUCAAAGUAAAACAGGAACGUGAGGAUCAUCCCCGGAGAGGCCGGGAGGAUCGGCCGCACCGAGAGCCAUCAGGACAGGAGCACAAACGAGCCCGGAACAGUGACCGAGACAGACGUCACGGCCAUUCCCACCAGAGGAGAAGCUCAAAUGAGAGGCCUGGGAGCGGGCAGCCUCAGGGACGGGAUCGAGACAUUCAGAACCUGCAGGCUCAGGAAGCAGAGCGGGAGUUUCACAACGCCCGGCGCCGGGAGCACCGGCAGAAGAACGACAUUAGCACCAGUGGGAAUGCGUCUCAGGACCCGGUUCCUCGGCCUGGCAGCAACAGCAAAGACAAGGAGAUGCCUGCUAAAGAAAAGCCCAGCUUUGAACUUUCUGGGGCCCUUCUUGAGGACACCAACACCUUCCGGGGUGUCGUCAUUAAAUACAGCGAGCCCCCAGAAGCACGUAUCCCCAAGAAACGAUGGCGUCUCUACCCCUUUAAAAACGAUGAGGUGCUUCCAGUGAUGUACAUCCACCGACAAAGCGCUUACCUCCUGGGCCGACACCGCCGCAUCGCAGACAUUCCCAUUGAUCACCCCUCGUGUUCAAAGCAGCACGCCGUCUUUCAGUACCGGCUUGUGGAAUACACCCGUGCUGAUGGGACAGUCGGCCGCAGGGUGAAGCCCUAUAUCAUUGACCUUGGCUCAGGCAAUGGAACGUUCCUGAACAACAAGCGAAUUGAGCCACAGAGAUACUACGAACUGAAGGAAAAGGAUGUACUGAAAUUUGGGUUCAGCAGCAGAGAGUAUGUUCUGCUUCACGAGUCCUCUGACACCUCUGAAGUGGACAGGAAAGAAGACGAGGAUGACGAGGAGGAGGAGGAGGUGUCUGACAGCUAGCAAACUGGGAAACAGCCCAAACUCUCGAGAGACCAUUUUUCUCUUCGAAGGCUUUGGGAUUGACUCAAAGGGCACCAUGGUGCUCUCUGUAAUGCCUCUUAUUGCCUUAAGUCUUUCCUCUGUUGCUGACCAGCUUCUGCUCCAGUGUAAGAAUUUUGACUUCUGUUUGGUUGAACUUUUUUCUGUGGUGCAGCAGCCGCACGCCUGUGGGCAUCUGUUUUCAGAGCAGUCUCACCAACCCAUCGUGUUCUAGUAGAAGCACUGUGGCUUUAGUUGGUGCUUUCAGAACUGCUGCCUAGGAGACUAUAAACCCUUAGCUAAAGGGGAAUUGUGGCUUGUUCUCUUUGUAUAGUUACUUUAUUUAUAUAGUCGCUAAGCUUUGUGGACUGGGUUUGUUUUCAUUUUGGGGGCAGACCCCUGAACAGAGAAUCUUACUAAGCUUUGGUUAUCACCAAAACCGCCUCCAGAACAUACCAAAGCUUUGACCUGAUUGAGCUCUUGAGUCAUAGAAAUUGAUUUUGCACUUCGUUAUUUGAGGUGGGGCGGGGGGAUUUACUACAUGACCUCAUUAUUGACUGUUGGGCUUAGACGCUAUAUGGAGCCUGCUUAAACUUGACUGUACAGGAAGAUCAUGGCCACUGCCAGCAGGUGCUGAUUCAGUGUCACGAGAGGCUGAAGUGGGUCGUGGCUCUGUUUCCUGUGAGAGAACUCUGAUUGGAGCAUGUACAUAACAGUUUUGGUCAUCUAAUCUGUUCUUCAAUUUUGCAGUUUUAUUUAGACGUUAUCUUCCUCUUUGAGAAACACACUGUCAUUUAUGUGGCAGGGUCCUUGCUUUAUUCUAAUAACGUAUAUGUGUCUAAAGGAGGUUGUGUGGUUUACAUGUUUCAUCUUUUUUAAAAUAAUGUUCAGAGAGGUUGUUUUACCUUCCCAAGGCUGGAAUUGGGCAUGGGAAUUGCCCAAUUUCCUAAUUUUCCACCAGAGGAAUAUGUGUAAGUAGAAAAGUCAUAACUACUUACAUCUGUUGUGUGUGUGUGUGUGUGUGUAUAUAUAUUAAAAGAAUUGUGUGUGAAAGAGCUGCAUACUGAUUUCCACAUGAGAAUGUUUUGUGAUGUAAAUGUAAUACUACAUGAUAGGCAAAGGCCUCCCUGCAUUUGAAGAGCAGGUUUUCAUUUAUAUGUAUUUUUGGAAUAAAAAAUAAUAAAAUUUGUAAAUAUAACCCCA